GAGAAAAUAAAUUUGGAACAGUUCAUUGAGUACAAAUCGAACUAAUAUGAAGUAAUAAAAAAAAUGGACCAAUACGAAGAAGAUAUCCUUCGAUUGAAUCGAAAAAUUAGACACCUAAUUGCUCAAAAUGACACCUUGGAAACCCGUAACAGAGAGGUGUCGGUUCUCAACCGAGCCCUGCUGGAGGAAAACGAAGAACUCAAGCGAACCCACGGCAGCACGUCACAGCUUGCCGACCGGUGCCGGGUGGAACUUGAGAAGAUGACCGAACAACGAGACCAGCUGUACGCGGCCAACCAGAAACACAAAGAACGCUACCGGGCGCUGCUGGAAAGGCACACCCUGCAGGGUGAGAAAGUGAAGACCUUGGAGCACAGCCUGCAGUCGGCCACGGCCACCAGGAGGAUCGCGCACGUGCCGGUGGAAAUCAUCGGAAAAGUGUCCGAUAUUGGCAAGGUCAAAGCACUGCAGGACCGGUGCCAAAAGCUGGAGAAGGACCUGGCUACCGCCUACGUUCGAAUUGAUGAUUUGGAGUUUGAGAUUGAAAGUAUCGACUUCCUGGAAGAGGAAAACGACCGCUUGCAGCAGGAAGUCCGCCGAUUGCAAUCUGCUAGUGGUGAUCCCAAGACACCCGCACCCGCAGCAGAGCCGCCAAGAAGCCCCACCAGAAGCUUCAGCACCGACAGCUUCUCGUCCACCUCUUCAUCGACCUCUUCUGUGGACCAGGUGCCAACAUCAGAAGCCGCGACCGCGGAGGUAACGACAAAGCUUCCAAACACUUUUAUUCCAUGAUAUUCAGGACAAGGAUUCAGAGAAUCAAAAUGCAUCAAAAACUUCGACAAAACUAUGAAUAAACGCCUAAUCAACUGUCUCGAAAUAAA